ACAAACUCAAGAAGUAAAAGUUCAAUUUUGGUAAACUUAAAGUGCCAACAUGCCAACAUUACAGUAAUGAGAGUAGCUAGUUAUUUUCCACUCCUGUUUUAAAUGAAGUACAGCGCCAUGCACUUUUCUGUCCAGAGUGGCAGAAAUUAUGGUUCUAUCUCAGCCUUUAACACGAUUGGUAAUGUUUUAAAUGCUUUCAGUGACAUUUUAAGUGACUCUACUUCACGUAUAGUGCUAAUUGAUCCAGUGUUUGCAAAGGUAAGGGAGAGAGAAAAACAGGAAGAUGAUUCUGGAGGUAAAAAGUUGGUGGGAGGAGCAUGGAAAUGUUGCUGAAACACAGGUGGAGUCGCCAGACCUGUUGGGUUUUAUCAACACCCUCAGGUUUCCAUAGCUCCUCAGCUACAGCAGGGCUGUCUGAGGCCGGACAGAGAGACAUCGGAGAGCAAAGCUGAUCCUCAGACCACGGGAUGAAGAGAGAGGAGGUGGCUCUAAAUACAAUGGGGGACUUUGAGGGUCAGACUGGUAAAAGACUUUCCUCCUUUGACAUGAACCACUAUGCCACUAAGAAGAGUGCAGCUCAGAGUAUGCUGGAUGUUGCUUUGCUGAUGGCCAACUCCUCCCAGCUGAAGACCAUCCUGUAUGUGGGCCCAGAGUAUCGCUUCUACAUCCCUCUCAUCGUUCUGCUCACUCUGUCCAUCGCGCUGCAGGUGGUAGUGGGACUGCUGCUCGUAUUUAUUGUGAAGUAUGAUCUGAAUGAUGAACGGAAACGAACCAAGCUGGACACGAUGAACAACGUAGCCACGGUGUUCGUCUUCUUCACGGUUCUCAUCAACAUCUUCAUCACUGCGCUCGGGUUCCAGAGCCAUUCGAUGAGUCUUCACAGCGCAGCGCCUGUCAUCCCUCUAGAACCUCAGCUGCCUCCUUUGCCUAUUAACCUGACUAAGACCGGGGUCCUAUAGGACACCAUGGGCCCCUCACAUUCUUAUUUAAUAUUAUUUUUAUUUUAAAUACAAAUGCAAAUAGAGUUACUUUGCUUUUACCAAUACUUUUGAAUCUUAAAUAAAACGUCUGUUUUUCUUAUGUUUUACA